UUGGCUAUUAAACGUGUGGGCCUCAGAGCCAAACUAUAUCAAGAUCCUAGAUUUUUCUUGAACUCCCUAGGAGGGUCAGUGCUGUAGCUCCUCCUACCCUGGCUGCUCCUGGAAGUUCCUGCCUUCCAUUACGAUCAUCUGUGUGCCAGCGAAACUGGGAACCUCAGAACCAUCUGGGUUGCUGGGGCCCACAGGUUGCCUGCAGCGGAGGAGGAGGAAGAGAUGGACCUCCCGGACUCGGCCUCGAGGGUCUUCUGCGGCCGCAUCCUGAGCAUGGUGAACACAGAUGAUGUCAACGCCAUCAUCCUGGCCCAGAAGAACAUGCUGGACCGCUUUGAGAAGACCAAUGAGAUGCUGCUCAACUUCAACAACCUGUCCAGUGCCCGCCUGCAGCAGAUGAGCGAACGCUUCCUGCACCACACGAGGACCCUGGUGGAGAUGAAACGGGACCUGGACAGCAUCUUCCGCCGUAUCAGGACGCUGAAAGGAAAACUGGCCAGGCAGCACCCAGAGGCCUUCAGCCAUAUCCCAGAGGCAUCCUUCCUGGAGGAAGAGGAUGAAGACCCCAUCCCGCCCAGCACCACGACCACCAUCGCCACCUCAGAACAGAGCACGGGCUCAUGUGACACCAGCCCUGACACCGUCUCACCCUCCCUGAGCCCCGGCUUCGAGGACCUGUCCCAUGUCCAGCCUGGCUCCCCAGCCAUCAACGGCCGCAGCCAGACAGAUGACGAAGAGACGACGGGCGAAUAGCCCUGCUGCCCGGUGCCUUGAGGGGGGUCUCAGGGCAGUGGCAUACAAGGUGGCAGCAGGUAACCCUGCCUUGUUCUGUCACCCAGGGCUCCUUUGCUGCCCCGUUCUGUCACCCAGAGCUCCUAGGGGGACAAGGCUCUCUCCCGAGGGGUGUGGAAUUCCUGGAGGGGGAGGGUCUUUAAUUCUGGCUCCUUCCUUCCUCAGAACAUCUCUCUUCUGCAAGACCCCUCUGCCAUGCCAGGGCACGCCCAUUCCAGCUGGAGUCGCGGGGCUGGGCACAGGGGAAUUUUUCAAGAGCUGAGCCUGACGUCUGCUCUGAAGAGUGCUUAAAAGGUGACCAGAGCCAGAUGUCCCCCACCCCCGGUCAGGACCUCCUUGAGGUGCACAAGCAUGGUCUCCUCUGAGUUCACCCCAGCCCAGCCCCGCACCCACUAAUUCUGUUUUUCCUGCCCCUUGCUCCGUAAAAGUAUCAAAUACUUUCUCCUUGGUAUCUCAAGGAGGUUUCUGAGAUAGGUAGAAGUCUUGAGACGGAGGCUGGCCAUCCAUUCAGCCCUGAGCGUGCUGAGGCCUGUGUUUCUCUGAACAGAGGUGUGGAACCUGAGGGGCCAGGAGGCCUCUCUGAAGGCCUCCAUGGAGCAAACGGAGCCACCUUGGGAAAGAGUUUAAUGGAAUAUUUUUGUACCCGAUGUUUACAGAUACUGUUGGGAAGUUAUCAAUAAAAAGACACCAUUACUAAAAAGGGAAAAGUA